GGCUGCGGAUGGCCCUCCCUCCGCUCAUAAUAGCUGCCACUCACCUGCAGGAGUAAAAGCUUGCCUUCUCCCUCCUGCUGUCAGCACGGAACUGUAUAGCCAGACUGCAGCGUUUCCCUGCAUUGUCCUGAGAAGAAGGUACUGUCCUGCACUAUCCUGCCAGUUUAGUCUUCCAUCAGUUUAAGCACCAUGGACCGUAUGGAGCUGAAGCCUGUGAGUACUGAGGCAGAUGAUGAGAGCAUGGACGAGCGCUACCCCACUCCCAUCGAGGAGAAGACCCCCAUGAGCAGCCAGUAUAUGGAUGAAGCAGAUGAUGCAGAGAGCCAGAAGUUCCUUGCAAAUGGAAUUAAAAAGAAGAAAUUUGAGGAGUAUCAUGAAGAAUACCACCCAGGUCAUGCCUCGUUUGGGAUGUCUGUUUUUAACCUCAGUAACGCCAUCAUGGGAAGCGGAAUCCUGGGCCUGUCUUUUGCCAUGGCCAACACGGGCAUUGUGCUCUUUGUGAUUCUCCUCCUGGCUGUGGCUAUUCUCUCUCUGUACUCUAUUCAUCUGCUACUGGUGACAGCUAAAGAAGGAGGUUCUCUCAUCUAUGAGAAACUGGGUGAAAGGGCAUUUGGCUGGCCGGGGAAAAUGGCAGCAUUUGGAUCCAUCAUUAUGCAGAAUAUAGGAGCUAUGUCCAGCUACCUGUUCAUAGUGAAAUACGAGCUUCCUGAGGUCAUCCGAGCCUUCAUGGGAAUAGAGGAGAGCAGUGGUGAGUGGUAUCUGAAUGGUAACUACCUCGUGGUGUUUGUUUCCUUUGGAAUUAUCCUGCCCCUGUCCCUGCUCAAAAACCUUGGCUAUCUGGGAUACACUAGUGGGUUCUCUCUUUCGUGUAUGGUCUUCUUCCUGGGGGUGUUGAUUUAUAAGAAGACUCAGCUGCCCUGUCCGCUGCCGUUCUUCUUUAACCACUCUUCUAGUUUGAGUCUGAAUGGUUCGGAGUUGUUAGGACCGUACGCUCUCCACAACAGCUCAGCACUGAUGGAGUUUUCACGGGCUGAUAUAAGCAGUGCACAUGUGGACCCUCACUCACCUACUGUGGCCCACAGUGGGGUCCACUUUACCCCCAACCCAGAAGACUAUGAGGAUAUGUGCACACCCAAAUACUUUGUGUUCAACUCCCAGACCGCAUACACUGUUCCUAUUCUGGCCUUUGCUUUUGUGUGUCACCCUGAAGUCCUUCCCAUCUACAGUGAGCUGAAAGAUCGCAGUCGAAGGAAGAUGCAGACUGUAUCGAACCUCUCCAUCCUGGCUAUGCUUGUAAUGUACAUGCUGUCGGCUCUGUUCGGCUACCUCACAUUUUAUGGUAAUGUGGAGGCUGAGUUGCUACACACUUUCACUAAGGUGUAUAAGUUUGACACCAUGCUGCUGCUUGUGCGUCUGGCUGUGCUGACCGCCGUAACGCUGACCGUUCCCAUCGUCCUCUUCCCUAUUCGCUCGUCCAUCGUCACGCUGCUGUUUGCUGGCCGAGAGUUCAGCUGGAUCAGACACAUCCUGAUCGCCUUCGGCAUCUUAAUAUUCAACAAUUUACUCGUCAUCUUUGUCCCAACCAUCAGAGACAUCUUUGGCUUCAUAGGCUCAUCUGCUGCCACCAUGCUGAUCUUCAUCCUACCUGCUGCCUUCUACCUGCGGCUGGUCAAGAGCAUACCGUUCAAAUCCACCCAGAAGAUAUCAGCUCUCGUCUUCCUGGUGGUGGGCAUCAUCUUCAUGAUUGGCAGCCUGUCCCUCAUCAUCCUCGACUGGAUCCACAACCCCUCUGGGUCUGGAGGCGGCCACUAAACAGCAGGCGGCCCACCCCAACCUCCCCAAAGACACACAGACUAGUGUUACUAUGAGCCAUGUGACCGUCCGUCACAGCGUACACCCUUCACACACAGUAUUACAAGCGGAUGUUCAGCCGUCUCUCUUUCUCUCUCUGUGUCCUCUGUGUCAUCAUCAUCCUCGUCAUCACCACCACCACCACCGCACAUCCUCUGAGCGUGUGUUCUGUAGUUGUUUUGUAAUGUUAUGUACUGAGAAAGCUGAACCGUAGUGAAUGUAGUUGUGAAACUCUGGCUGUGACACGGGGAGGCCGAACUGCUCGCGCUCCAUGCGUCGCUCCACCAAUGGCCUCUGUGUCAACAGCCUGGCUUCAAGUGAUGUCCCCGAGAGCUCCUCGGAGAGAGAAAGAGAGAGAGAGAAAGGGAGAUGAACAGAUGACGAGACUGACCUAACUGCCUCAGACAGACGAUGUGUCUCUGAGAAAAAGAAGGCCACCUCGAUGCUUCAGGAGGUUGUGGGGAUUUGGUCUAUGUACAAAAAGCACUUCUAGAUUUUUAAUGUAUGUUCACGCACUGGCGCAUCCAUACAAACAUGCAAACUAACUAGGUUUUGUUUCACUGGCAUCAGUCGUUUCUUGUCUUCCCAGGAGAGCGUUUUUUAAUUCAGUUAAAUUGUCAAAUCCAUGGCAUUUUAUUUCGUUAUUGAACUGUAGCUAGAACAAAUGGCAUCGGUUUUAUUCUAAGGGUUUUGACAUCGUGAAAUCUUUGCUUUGUGAAGGAAAUGGUCCAAUAUUUAGAUUAUUUCACUCAAAAACAAAAGAAUCAUCUCAAAUCAUCACUGAAAAACUUGAUACAAGAGUCGUGUCCAUAGCUCUGUUGCAUUAUUUACAUGCUGGUGUUGUGUAGCUGCUGAGCUUGGACUCAAAGCAAACUGUUUAUUGUGUGUUGUCAUUUGCUUGCAUUGCGUUUACUCGUCAAGUCACAAGCUGACAAACUCAAUGCAAGGUAGUGUGAAGAUAUGAAAGAAUUUCACCUGUCAGUGCAGAGUGUGACCGCUAAAUAUCCAGCUCCGUUCUGACUCUGGUGCUGUCAUUCUGACCCCGGGAGAGAGAGAGAGAGAGAGAGAGAGGAACGAGAACGAGACAGCUGGUGCUGAUCGUAUCAGUUUUAGGUGAAAUCUGAGCACUCGGAACCAGAAGAGCCUCACAGCAUUCGUCAUUAGGCACAGAAGGUCAUGUAGCAGUGGAGCUCUACUGAACUGUGCUCAAAGCCUUUUACUGUUCUUCAGAGUGUUCUAUCGUACUGUACAGUUGUUGGAAUGACGGAAUGAUUUACUGCCCACGAAGUAGCUCGUUUAGUGAUGUUCCAUCAGUCAGUGUAGCUAAUCUCGCCCAGGCCACGUUCUACAUUCAGUUUAGCUGAAAUAACAAUGAUAGUUAAUAAUUUCUGUUGAGUAGUUUGCCCUUUUUGCAUGGCAUGAUGAUAAUGCUGAAACGUAGAAGAGUUGUCUUUCUGUUUUCUCCUUUUACUUUGUUUUCUUUUUGUUCGCGACUAGCUGUAUCGCUCUGCCAGUUGAUUCCUUUGACUCCUUUGCCCUGUGUUGGAGAGCAGUUGUCUACUUGUUUGGGUGCAGAGACCAUCAUGCCAUAAGCAUAGCUGUUGAAGCCAAACACUGCAGGUUUCACUCUUGAGCGCGUUUCGUUCCGAUCCAGCCAAAGUGGACAAUAUUUAUAGAUCCUUUGUUGGUCUACGUGGACAUAAACAAAUGAAUAUUUCAAAUGAAAUGGUAUAUUUUGUGCAUGUCUUGGAUCACAAACAUGGUCAAUUUUUGGACAAUUGUAUAUUCUUUGUAAAUAAUCUGCUAUAAGGUACACUUAGUUAAAGGGUGGGAUGGGAUAGGAUCUCAAAAGUUUACCAAUACAGUUUUUAGUAUUAUGUAUUUUAGAUCAUGGUGUUUGUUAAUGUCAUCUAACUUACUUCCUCCCCUUCUUCCCUUUAUUUCUUCCUCCCUUUAUUUUUUUCUUUCUUUCUUCCUUCCUUUUUUGAGCUUGCUUUGUAAAUUUGUGAAAAACAUUUUUGUAUUUCUAUUGUUACUUGACCUCCUCGGCUAUUUUUAUGAAUGAAAAACUGAAGUGUUUUUUAUGUUACUUGAGUACUUGUCAGCUGAUGAUGGUACAUAUCAGUCACAGAAGCGUAGACGUCUGUAUGGCACAAUGCCGUUUUAUGUGCAUGUUUUAAAGGAAUCAUCCAGCAUUUAGUUUUUUUGUAAAUGAUUUUUGUGUAGUUUUUAAAGAACAUCAUGUUUCUGAAGUUAAGAAGGCACAGAAAUGGCUCUCUGUAGUCUUCCGAAGCGCAAAAAAUAAUAAUCACCCUUCACUCCCACAAAAGUUUUACAACCAUUUCAUGAACCCCUGUGGUUGAUCCCUAUGGGGCUUAAUAAAACAUAAUAUAACAAAUGGGAAAUAAUUUCCAAUAGUUCUUACACAAAGAUUAAUAACUGAAUUAUGAAUAUAGGGUUGAAGGGUUUACCCUCUUGUGCUGUGACCUCUGAUGCUAUAAUUCUAUUUCUUCCAGUAGUUCUGUGACUUCUGUUCACUCGAAGAACUGAAGUUGUUAUUUAGUGAAAACAUGCAAAAAAUGCAAACUGCCUAGCACUUUGAUUGAAAUAAUGCAAAGAAAAUAGUGAAUUUAGAUGAUUAAACCUUUCUACAUCAGUCCAAACCUGAAACACCACUACAGAUCAGCUUCUGGCUUCUGUCCAAUUAAACAGUGCAAAUAAAACAUCACUGAGUGAAAUAAUCCACAAUUUGGUUAUGUUACAUUUCUGAUGUAAUUCUUACUUCAUAACCAUUUAUUUCAUUGUGUUGGAGAAUAUACAAAAUAUACAGUUUGUUUUACCACUGGAAGCCUGUGAGACAUUUUGUGCCAACAUUUAAUAAAGCCGCCAAAAUCAUUUAAAAUGUAAGAAAAAUGCUGGACUGCUGCUUUAAACUCAGAAUCCAGGUGUUUUGUCUUGGCCGUCUGUUUGAAGUCAGACAUGUUUUGCACACCUGUGAGCUCAGUGUCUUAUAUCAAUGUCAUGCUGGAUGGGCUUCGGCUCUGUGCCUUGACUUUCCCUCAGGUAUUUAAUAAACGGAGUCCAGCUGAAUUUGUAGAGGGUCACGACGGUGUUCCCCAUACCUCAUUCACAUUCUCAGAAUUAUUUAUUACUGUACGUUACUAACUUCUGCUUAACUUUUAAAGCUCUAAUAAUGACACAGAAACUCAAAGCCGUCAGACCCUCUGCAGAUGAAGCUCGAAUCGUCUCCAAACGUUCUACCUGAGUGCCAUCAAACCCACAAGAAGCGCUGGCACACUGUUAGCCAACCAGCGACAACCAGUGUCUUCCUCCUGUGGAUCAACUAAGCGUGAUUUGUAUAUUUGCCAGGUUAAAAGGGGUUUUUUGUAUCAGUGAAGCUGUUUCAAUAUUAUGUAACGUAAAAAUAAAACUGAUGAGAAACAAAA